GUGGAGAACACUUCCUUGUCAAGAUGGCGGCUCCCUUGACUCUGCUUUUGAUUGUAGCUGUUACAAUCCGUGCGGCUCUUUUUAGAUCUAGUUUAGCGGACCUCAUAGCAGAGAGAGUGGAGGUAGUGUCUCCAAUUACCGCCUGGAAAAGAGUUAUUGAAGGUCUGGCUCUGCUUGACUUGGGAGUUUCUCCAUACUCUGGAGAUGUUUUCCAUGAGACACCGCUCAUCAUUUACCUUUUUCACUUUGUGGUGGAUUAUGCAGAGAUCACAUUUAUGUUGGCAGAUGUCAUCACUGCUGUUACUCUCUACCUAGCAGUGAAGGACUACAACAAACAAGUGUUCAGAAAGCAGAAGUUUGCCUUGGAAGCAGACCGCUACCCUUUGGAUUGUCUUGAGCUCAUCAGAAGCCCUAAAGAAAUGUGCUACAUUCCUCUGAAAGUGGCCAUGUUUUACCUGUUAAACCCGUUUACCAUCUUAUCCUGCGUGGCCAAGUCCACCUGCGGCCUAAACAACGCUGUCAUAGCUCUCUUCGUCCUCUCAACGAUAAAAGGAAAUGUUUUGCUGAGUGCUGUAUUUCUGUGCCUGGCCACAUAUCAGUCCAUCUACCCUCUCACACUCUGCGCUCCUGCUCUACUGUAUUUAAUGCAGCGCCAGUACAUCCCUGUGAAUUUGCGGCGGGCCAGCUUCUGGUGGUUCGUCGUGCAGUAUCUCUUCAUGUACCUCGGCAGCCUGUUUGUUAUCAUCGGCCUCUCCUUCUUCCUGCUUGGCUCGUGGGACUACCUGCCCUCCGUUUAUGGCUUUAUUCUCUCAGUCCCUGACCUCACCCCGAACAUCGGCCUCUUCUGGUAUUUCUUCGCCGAGAUGUUCGAGCAUUUUCGCCUCUUCUUCCUCUGCGUCUUCCAGAUCAACGUUUUUUUCUACACCAUUCCUCUGUCCAUCAAACUCAAGGAGCAUCCUGUGUUUCUGAUCUUCAUGCAGUUAGCGGUGAUCUCCAUCUUUAAGUCUUACCCCACAGUAGGAGAUAUCGCCCUCUACCUGGCUUUCCUUCCUGUCUGGAGUCACCUGCACAGAUUCUUGAGGAACAUUUUCCUGGUGUCCUGUGUUCUGCUGGCCUGUUCAGCUCUGUUCCUUGUUCUUUGGCACCUCUGGAUUUACGCCGGCAGCGCCAACUCCAACUUUUACUAUGCCAUAACUCUGCUGUUCAACGUGGCACAGAUCCUGCUGGUGUCAGAUUAUUUCUAUGCCUUCUUAAGGAGGGAGCACCACCUCACUUAUGGACUGUAUUUAAAGAGGAAAGACGGUUCAGAGGCUACGCUAGUUCUGAAAUGAAACACACACCCCCAGCGUCUGCAGCCAGGAAGAAACGGCUUAAUCUCGCCUCCGUCCUCAGAGAAAACAAACACAAACUGAGGAGGCUGAAAGACUUUGAAAGCCGAACUGGUUCUCAGACGGAUCAAAAGCACACAAGCAGAAGCCGGUGAGGUACAACUUCAUGUGCAAACAGUAGAACUGCUGCGGGAAGGAAACGCGGUUUCUUUUCUACUGGAGUGGUCAUACCGGCACUGCUCCACCUGGAAUCCUUCCUCUGAGUACUUAUUUUUUCCUUUUGCUCUUCACAUUCAUUUUGUUCUCAGAAAUACCAGCUCAUCAGUGUGUUUUUCCUCAUCAAGUCAAAAUCUUGGACCAUUAAACGAAGCACUAACUUGAAUUGCCUUUUCUACAUGUACACAGAUUUUUUAAAAACAUCUCUUUUUUUGUUUAUUUUGAGCUCUUGUCCACAAGGAGACAACAUUUUUGGGGAACACUUGUUUUUGGGAUUAAAAGAUCUAGAAGCCAUGAAGCCGUAGACUGAUAACACAGACAUGUUUGUAAGACGCAGUCAGACAUAGCGUUUCAGGGGUGUUGGUGUAGAGACAGACUACUUACAGCUUUAUUUAUUUUAAAAUAGAUGAUUGUGUGUUUGUGAAACGGGGCCUCAUUUACCAGAUUAAAGAGGACUAACGUCCCACUCCUUAACCGCAAGAGCAGACAAACGAAUGUGUUUAAACUGAAAUACUCACUACUUACCAUGGACCACGUUUAAGUUGCUCUGUAUCUGGCUUGCUUUCCACCCGUCAAACACUGCCAAAUGAACUAGAAGUUAGGGAAUUUAUUGAAUUUACCUUUUGUUUUUGCAUGUAUAUUUCACUGUCAUUGUUAAAUCUACAACAUGUUAAUGUUUAAAAUUAAAUCCUCUCUGCAUGCAAGAUUAGGGGAAUCAUCAGAGGCACCGUUUGCCUUGUAAGUUAGAAUAACUUAAAUUCUAAAAUAUUAUAUUAGUACUAAAAUUAUAUUUGAGCCUGGAAUUUUAAGCUGCAAUGAAAACGUGGUUGGCACAGAGGCUGAAAAUGUCCUUCAGCUGCCUAAAAUAAAACCUCUAACAUAUUUACUGGUGAUUGAAAGGAGGGGUGUUGGGUUGAGGUUAGAAGAGCGCCAGGCGAGACGCUUCCCAUUUUCCACCCUUGAUGCUACAUUAAGCUUCCCUAAGCCAUCAACCAUCACUUUGAUUCAGAUAAGAUGGUAUAAAUCUCCAUCAGAAGAAAAUGAUCAUUAAACCUCCAAGCCAUGUUAGAUUUUUAUUAUUUUACCACACUCUAACCUUUAUGAUCAUGUUGUUAUUAAUAAGAAAUGCUGCGCAACAAGUUAAAGCUUUACUUAGAGUCCUGUUCCAGAGACAUCACAGGUGUAUCGGUGAUGGCUGCAUAUUUAAACUUCCUAGAAAGACUGUAAACAAGCAUGCCUAAGACUCAUAUACAGCCCCAUUUAAACAUCACUGUGUAUCGUACAAUUAUGACAAUAUUUUAACAGAUUUUUUAAUUAUUAUUAUAUUUUUAAUUUUCUCAAUUCAGGAUGCUGCACAAUUCUGCCUUUUAGUAGAUUCAUUCAAUGUGUGUUUAUUUGAAUGAUUGAUUUAAAAACUUCACAGAGCCUUAAACAGACUCAGAAUUGUCAGUAUUUGGUCUUAUCAUCAUGUUGGCAGCAUCAAAACUCCAAGAAAGCUUCAUGUUGGGUUUUUCUUCUCACAUUUGAAAGAGAAACUAAUGAUUCAUCUCAUUGUCCACUUGCAUAAAUACAUUAUGUAAAAGUCCUCUGCUGUUUUGAUACCAGUAAAUGAAAACUAAUCUAUUUAUUAUUGCACUGAAAAAAGAGAUUUAUGUUUGUUUUUGUUUUUUUUUGUUUUGUUUUUUUUUUAUCAUUUGGAAAGACGGAUGAGCUCUUGUGUUUUUUUAUACUGUUCUCUGUGUUAUUUUGUUUGAUUACAGACAUUUAAGUUUGGUUUGAAACGUUAAUGUCAUACUUGAUGAAUGAACAUGUUAAAAAUUAAUUAUUAAAACCCCAGACAUUGGUUUAGACUGGUUUGUUUUCAUGUUGAUGAGUGAGAUGCUGAUCAUCAUAGUAUUAUACCAAACAAAGAAGCUUGUCAUGCAGCACCCUGUUGGAAGUAUCCUGAGAGGCUCUGGUGCAGGCACCACUAAGCAUGAAUACAAAUCAGAUAACGGCAGAUCACACUCAUUCUGCAGAUAUAAGGAUGCUACUCUUCAUAACAUUGCAACAAAACCACAUCUUACUUAGUUUAAAGAACUUUUUGUUCUUUCAUAAAAUGUUUUUGUUUCUGAG